CAAUUUUCUAACUGCACUCUCUGUACAUUAAAAUGCAAAUUUUCGUUAAAACAUUAACUGGUAAAACUAUUACCUUGGAAGUUGAAUCCAAUGACACCAUUGAAAACGUUAAGAGCAAAAUUCAAGAUAAGGAAGGUAUUCCUCCAGAUCAACAAAGAUUGAUUUUCGCUGGUAAACAAUUGGAAGAUGGAAGAACCUUGUCUGAUUACAAUAUUCAAAAGGAAUCAACCCUUCACUUGGUCCUCAGAUUAAGAGGUGGUAUGCAAAUCUUCGUCAAGACUUUGACUGGUAAGACUAUCACUUUAGAAGUUGAAUCAAACGACACCAUUGAAAAUGUCAAGUCAAAGAUUCAAGACAAAGAAGGAAUCCCUCCAGAUCAACAAAGACUCAUCUUUGCUGGUAAGCAAUUAGAAGAUGGAAGAACAUUAUCCGAUUACAACAUUCAAAAGGAAUCAACUCUCCAUCUUGUUUUGAGAUUAAGAGGUGGUAUGCAAAUUUUCGUUAAAACUUUAACAGGAAAGACCAUUACAUUGGAAGUCGAGUCCAAUGACACAAUUGAAAAUGUUAAGUCUAAGAUCCAAGAUAAGGAAGGAAUCCCUCCAGAUCAACAAAGAUUGAUUUUCGCUGGUAAACAAUUGGAAGAUGGAAGAACCUUGUCUGAUUACAACAUCCAAAAGGAAUCAACCCUGCACUUGGUAUUGAGAUUGAGAGGUGGUAUGCAAAUCUUCGUCAAAACUUUGACUGGUAAGACAAUUACCCUUGAAGUCGAAUCUAAUGAUACUAUUGAAAAUGUCAAGUCAAAGAUUCAAGACAAGGAAGGUAUUCCACCAGAUCAACAAAGACUCAUCUUUGCUGGUAAGCAAUUAGAAGAUGGAAGAACCCUUUCUGAUUACAACAUUCAAAAGGAAUCCACUCUCCACUUGGUCUUGAGAUUGAGAGGUGGUAACUAAAUAAAAUCAGUUAACUUUUGAUUUCAA